AUGCCAUCUGUCAACAGCCUCAGAAAUCGCUUCGAGAACAUAGCACAGCAGCAAGAAGUACCCUCGCCCGAGAAGCAACGCGUUCGGGUCACGGCAUACAACAUGCCUCUUCGCCAAAGCACCCUCGCCUUUGGUGCACAGGCACAGAAGAGAUCAAGCAUGAUGCCUCGUACGUCUAUGCAGGCUCCUACCCCGGACGCCUCGGAGUCAGAAGGCGAUACAAUCGUCGUUAAUGUCUCUACCGAACAACGAACACACAUGCCACUACCUACACCCUCGGAAAGCGCGACAGACGCGUCGAGUCAAGGCUGUAGCACACCUAAGAUGCAAAGCCCUGUUCGCAGCCGUUCGAAACGCGUAUCGAGCGCGCGAAGGAGUGCUAGCAAGAAGAAUACCGUCGUCGCUCCCACAAGGGACGCAAGUAGCGAGAAGCAGCGGAACAUCAGUGGAGAGACUCUCGUGCCCGAAGAGGUCAAUGUGAGCACGACCUCCCUGCUGAAACAUGGUAUCAGCACGUUAGACAUGGACUGGGACAUGGGCGUACAUUUCGAGGACCAGAAGGACGACAAGGAGGACGAAGUUCCUUCCGAGACUAGCUCCACAGUCACGGUAGCAGCAGCUGAGCCAGAAGUCGAACCGAAAGAGGACAGACAGCAACAGGAAGCCAGACACGCUAAGCAGGAAGAGAAGCAGAGGAAAUGGGAGCAAAGGCGGAAGACCGCAGACAUGAAUGCCACCAGACGAUCCUCGAGGGCUUCCCUACUUAUGACUAAAGCUACAGAGGUCAUGUCUGCUGUCACCUCGACUGUCCUAGGCAAACGUGGCAGAGAUGUUGCGUCACAGAAACACAAGCAGGACGAUUUGAGUGUGCUAGACGAGCAUGAGCCUGAAUCGAAGAAAGUGCGCAAAGGUGGUUCGACCUCUACCCGUGCACAAGAUGUUGACGACGUGUCUCUCUCAACUACAAACCGUGACAUGCGCUCACGUACAGCCAAGGACAAGAAGUGGCUCACCUCCGGCCUGUACGCUGGACAAACUCGCAACAUUACUUCUGAGCCUAAGAAUAAACGCAAAUCCGUCUCUACUACUCCCCAGACCACAACUAACCUGUCCGAUAAGGACAACUACGUGCUGCCACUACCCAUGUUUGCAGGCGAGCGCCUUCUUGAUCUCGGCCGCGAUUUCAAACUCCCUUUUGACGUCUUCUCGCCUCUGCCAGCCGGCCAUCCACAGCCAGAAGCCUACCGCAAGAUUAACCACAAUGUCUUCAUUGGCAAUGCAGCGGAUCAGUGGCGCCACAAUGUCUUCUCGGAGCACUCGACUUGUAUGUGCUCUGCUGAUACAAGAUGCGACAACAACUGCAUGAACCGUUUCAUGUACUACGAGUGUGACAAUCGAAAUUGCAAUUUGACAGCCGAGCAAUGCGGCAACAGGGCGUUCGAGGGACUAAAAGCUCGUGUCAAGAAAGGCGGCAAAUACAAUGUUGGCGUCGAGGUGGUACGAACAAGUGAUGGACGUGGCUAUGGUGUUAGAGCCAACAGGUGUUUUGAGCCUGGACAGAUCAUCGUCGAGUACACAGGGGAGAUCGUCACCCAAGAAGAGUGUGAGAAUCGUAUGAGGACUGUAUACAAGGAGAACGAGUGCUACUACCUCAUGGCCUUUGAUCAAAACAUGAUCAUCGACGCCACCCGCGGCUCCCUCGCCCGCUUCGUCAACCACUCCUGCGCCCCCAACUGCCGCAUGGAAAAAUGGACCGUCUCCGGCAAACCACGCAUGGCCCUCUUCGCUGGUGAUCGCGGCAUCAUGACCGGCGAAGAACUUACCUACGACUACAACUUCGACCCCUACAGCCAGAAAAACGUCCAAGUCUGCAGAUGUGGUAGCGAGAACUGCCGUGGCGUCCUGGGCCCGAAACCCAAAGACGCCAUGCUGAAAGAACUACAAAAGGAGAAAGAGAGUAAACUCGCUGGUGCAAAGAGGAAACUAGGCGAGUUUCUAGAAGAAACUACCGGCCUCCUCAGCAACAAAGACAAAAAGCGGAAACUUGACGAGAAGCAGAAACCGAAAUUACCCAAGGGAUGGGCAUACGUCGAGCCCGAGCCAAAAGUGAACAAAACCAAGACAAAACCUCCAGUAGUUGAGAUCGUCGAGACUGAAAUCCAACAAGAAGAAAAAGAAUUUGGCAACAUGAGCGACGAUGGCGCAUUGACUCGUCGACCGAGUAAACUCAAACGAAUGCUAAGUCAGAGAUCCAGUGGUAGUAAAAGUUUGAAGAAGAGCAUCACUACCUCAACCCCUUCCUCGAUCUCUGCACUGAAGAAACAAAGGCGAGAAAGUCAAAGAGUUGUCAGUGCGAGUAGCCAGAUGGCUUUGAUUUCGCACGACGAAAAUCAGGACAGUAACGACGAAGAGGAGGGAGAUCGCACGGCCACAGACGACGACAAGAACAACAACAGUACCCGCGCGGUCGCCGUGGCGAAUCUGAAAGCGAGAGCUGGGUCGUUGAAGAGGAGUGUUGGACGCUCGUUGAGGGGUGGGAGAUGA